CUCCUCGCAACUCUAUACUUCACCCUUCCGUCUUCGUAUAACUUCACGACUCGAACGCGAAAUGGCGCAAAGCUUCAUUGGGACACCAAUUUCUCUGAUCUCGCACUCGGAUGUGCGCUACCGGGGUAUUCUGGCAGGCAUCGACCAGGUUCAGUCGACGAUCAAGCUCUCGAAUGUCUUGUCAAUGGGAACGGAGACGCGACGACCGCCGACAGAGUACAUUCCCCCGGUACAAGAGCCCUACGACUUCAUCAUCUUCCGCGCGUCCGAGGUCAAGGAUCUGUCAGUAGACGAGCCUGCACAACGGCCGCGCACCGUGCACGAUGAUCCAGCUGUAGUUGGGGCUCAAGCCGCGCCACCCGGGACGUACCACUACACACAGCAGGGACCUGUGUAUGCGCAGCCACCUCAUCAGGGCAUCGGCCGCGGGCAGCCACAAUCUCGCCCUCCGCCAGUGUCCAGUGCCGUCGCGUCCAUGGAAACCGUCGGCCGCGCUCUCGCUGGCGCGCGCAAUGGCGGCGGCCCGGCCGUUCCAAACACCGAAUUCGACUUCCAGCGCGCGAACGCCAUGUUCGACAAGCCCCAUACCGAGCAGAAGGAGGAGAAGGACAAAGCGUAUGACCCGCAGAAGAGCUUCUUCGACUCGCUGACCGGCGGUGGUGGAGGCGGCGGCAGUGGUGGCCGCGGGCGCGGGCGCGGUGGGGCUGCGGGUCGCAACAGGCGCGAGGAGGAGCGCGAACGCAACGUGGCGACGUUUGGCGAGCCCGGCGGUGUUGGACUCUUGGGUCCGGGCGCGUAUGUGGGUGGGUGGGGAGGGCAUCGGCGUGGUGGUCGCGGCCGCCGCGGAGGCGCGGUCGCUGGUGCACGAGGAUGAGAUUUUGUAGUGCUGUUUGGAGAUGGAUGUAUAACCGUCGAGCGUUGAUUCACGUCGCAUGCCGCGCAAUGCUGCGGUGUUGUAAACCAUGGGUUGGAGCCGUCGAUAAAAUUGCCCUUCAGCAAGAGUAGGUCUGACAGGUGCGAGGCGCAUCGCAAGGUGUAGCAUCUAGUAUCUAGUACUAGGUUCGGGUGUACAGGCAUAGUAUAUUGGUGCGCUACUCUUCGCCCUCAUCCAGUUUAAGAUCCUCGUCGCGUAUCCGCUGCAGCCUAUCCCAUCCUCCCAACCCAUAUACGACAGGAAGACUAUUCCAAUAAUUGAUCGCC